AUGGCGUCCCUUGGCGCAGAGCACAAGCUGGAGUGCAAGAGCAUGGUGCUUACGCUCCACACCCUCUUCGACAUUCCACGCGACCUCGUCUCGCUCCACUCACGCCGCGAAAGUGUCGAGCUCGUGCUGAAGCCGACGGCGAAGUACUACUCGGAGAACAAGCGUUUCUGCAAGCUGGACUUGCCGGAGCAGCACGUCGCCUUCUCGCCGUCCUCUAUCAUCUUCAAGCACGAUCGCUUUGUUCUGGACUUCGAGUCAGCGCCGCCGCCAUGCGGCCUCUCCUUCGCGCGAUCGUCGACACCACACGGCGCUGCGUCCUUCGCGAACAGCAUGCCGAGCAACUUCGUGGACUUGCUUGCGGCGAACACCACGCUCACCGCGCCGGGGGUUGCGAGCAGCACUGGUAAGAUGCCUCUACACUUUGAGAGUGACGCGCGCGCUGGUGGCGCCCUUCCUCCUAAGCCUCGCCUCGCGUUCGGUGAGAGUGUCGACGAGGACCAGGACGUCAACCUCAGGAGCCCCGGUAGCCUCAAGCUGAGGACCUCAACGACCACCUUGUCCAGUGCCAUGCCGCCGAACCAGAUCGUCCUGCGCUACCCCACACGCUCAGAUCUUAAAGUCAUCGUUGAGGUGAUGGUGGGCGCACGACAGCGCCGUCACGACUCCUCUGCCGUGCGCUGGAUCACGCCAUCGUGGGCGGACCGAUCCAUCCCAGGCACCAUUAGCACCUUCGCCGCCGCUGACGGGGAAGUGAUGCGUCACAAGCUUGUCAACCGCUUUGUUGGGCUUACAGUAGGGCACCUCUCCUGCACGAUGGAGCUGCCACACGCAGCCGACGAUCUGCGCGAGGUGCCGGCGUUUGCCCCAACGGCGAUCGCAGACGCGGCGGAGCGCCUGUGUAAUGACUAUGAGCGCCUGCGCCGUUUUCACACAACGGACACGGAAGAGCAGCUGAAUGCUGUCCGUAGCGAGCGUCCAGCUCGGCUUCGUGACUUUGUGGAGCAGCUCUCGACCGGUGCGAGCGAGUUCUCCAUCUACCGCGGCCUGCUGCUGGAGGUGUGCCCUAGCUUCUUUGUGCGCCGUAUCCGUCGAAUCUGCGCCAUGUACCCGCCCAUCCCGCAGAGCAGCUCCUGGGUGCGCACGGAUGCCGAAACGCUUGCUGCCGAGCACACUGGACGCGAGAUGUCGCUCAUCCGCAACCUCUGCGCCGAACUUGGCCCCGACUUGAGUGCCAUCUCGCCGCGCAACCGCUUUCUAUCCUAUACCAACGUGCAGCCCCUCGGCGACGAGCUCUGGAAGUGGAUAAAGGACAACUACGCUCACCAGGAGAACGACAUCCUCGACUAUGAGCCGGACAUGUUUAUGGAGUCGCUCGCGCUGCACUAUGGUACGCCGGAGCCUGCGCCGAUUCAAUACGGUUUUUCGCCCAUCUCGUAUGAGCUGGACAGGCGCGCGUACUUCUGCGACUCACUUCGGUUUCCGGUAAAUCGCGAGCACCACCGCUAUCGUGACGAGGCGAUGGCGGCGCGUCAGAUGCGUGUGCCGCUGCAGCUGACGCCGUGCGAACGUCCGCUGCGCCCCAUUCGGCCAACAUCGCGCAGCUUCGGCGAGAUCGACAUUCUCCUAGAGAAGUACAAGCCAGAGUUCGUGCAGCUCGUGCCGUCCAUUGCAGACGCCAUGGAGUGUGUGACACAGCAGAACGAACAUCUGCUGCGAGAGCUGCUGCGCGAGUCACAACCUGCUGUCGGCGCAGCCGGAGCGAACGCUAGCACGCGUGAGCGGAUGCACGCGCUCCCCUAUGAGGUGUGCCCGCACGGGUUUCAUCUCUUUCAGUCGGAGCGGCCUAGUGGGUCGUACGUGGCGCUGCUGACGCGCUUCGCAGAGUACACGUACAUCUCCGUCAGCACCCUUCUAGCAUCCGUAAUCUACCUGGACCGGCUGUGUCUCCGGCACCCACGACUUCUGCUUACGACGCGCAACAUCGAAAAGCUGCUUGUCGCCGCCGUGCGUGUCGCCAGCAAGAUUGUCGACCUCCGCAGCGUCAACAACAAGAAUUUCGCGUCUGUCUUUAGCGUGCCGGUGCAGGACAUGAACGAGUUGGAGUCGGAGUUUCUCAAGCUCAUGAACUUUGAUUUCUUUCUUUCACCGAAGGAGUUCAACAACUAUGCUCACCUGGUGCAGCUGCCGGCGGCAUACAUGCAGAUGCCGUCGAGCGUGCGCCUAUCGAACACAGUGAGCGCUAACGGCACUGUGGAAAGCAGCGCACCGCCACCGUCGGCUUCGCACGACUCCGCAGACCACGUAGCGGAUGUAGGCCACAGUGGGAACGGCGCGGCAUUGAGACCGGAGAGCAACACGAACAGCAGCAACACUAACAAAAUGUUGCUGAACACGCCGGCCGUCGCCACCCCUGCUCCCCCUCGGGCGCCGUCCCCGCCAUCACAGCAGCAAGGACGCAGCAGUAGUGGCGCCUACAGCGUCGACACCUCUGUAGCUGCGCAGCGAGCACUACUAUCCAGCAAGCCAUCAUCCACAGCGGACGGCUCGACUGCGACAGGAGUUGAGGCUGGUGGGAAGUACACCAAUGGUAGCGGCGGCGCUGCCGGGCACCGCUAUAUUCGCAGCGGAGUGAGAGGAGGAGGUAGUGGUGGUGGCGUCCGAGGAUCCGUGUCAGCCAACGGCUACGGGAGUAGCAGCAGUGCCGGAAGUGCUGGCGGCGGUGGCAGCGGGGGCACGAGUGGCAGCAAGGCACCGUCGGCGGAGUUCGCAAGCGGGACGCGGGUGCUGAGCAUCCCCUGA